CAAUUUCCUAGAGAAAAAAUUGUCACAACGUGGAAAACACGUUGACCCGAAUUAUAGUUCCACAGAUCAUUAAUUUCUUUAUUUUUGUCACAAACUUCUCGAUCAUUAAAUUUUCGUUAGUGAAUUCGUUUGAACUGAAACAAAGCAAAUGCAUAUGUAGAUGGUUAUUAUUAAUUCAGCAUUGUGUACGAAAGCGUAACGCACAAUAGAGUGCUUGUUCAUUUCUGGACAGAGCCAGAAAGCGUUCGGUCAUCACACGACAGUGUCAUUUUAAGAAAAAUGGUGCCCGAUUCGGACGACAAAUUAUCGCAGAGAAGAGAAGUGAACUGGCUGUGCAUUCUUUUCAACUUACAAGUAUCUGUAUCGUUUAUUUGUAGUUUACACUUUGUGUUUUACGAAGCCAAGCUCCUGACAACGAUUUAUACGUUGGUUUUGGUCUUGUUGACCUUGAUUGGGGUAACUGCUGGGGCGCAUCGACUAUGGGCACACCACUCCUAUGAAGCCACCACUUCUUUAAGAAUUUUUCUGAUGUUGUGUCAGACCCUUGCAGGACAUACUUCGAUUUACAACUGGGUGCGUCUGCACAGACUACACCACAAACACUUCCAAACCGACUUGGACCCAUUCAACCCUCGCAAGGGCUUCCUCUACUCCCAUUUUAUUUGCAACAGUUUGAAGCUCAGUCCAGCCCAAGAAAAACUUCUAGACGAAAUCGACAUGUCAGACCUGGAAAACGAUAAAGUCGUCAUGUUCCAAAAAAAGUACUAUUGGAUACUUUUCGCUAUUUUCACGCUACUCUUACCCAUUAACGCCCCCGUUGAGUACUGGGGCGACACCAUCUUGUCUUCCGCGUUUGUUGUAGGGUGGCUGCGCUUCGCUGUGACCUAUCACCUGUCACUUUUGAUUCACAGUGGCCUAAACGUGUUCGAUUUUAAUUUCCUAGACAGGAAUGCGUUUGAUAGCAACCAGUUGUUCUUCGUGAACAGGUCGUAUUGGUUGUCUUAUCACUAUUUGGUACCUUGGGACUACCAAACUAGUGAAUACGGCAAAUACGGUACUGACUGCACGACCAAGUUUAUUCGUGUAUGUGUGGCUUUAGAUAUAGCUAGUGAUUUGAAAACUGUAAAUGGACACGCGAUUCGAGAGGUUUUGAAGUCGUCUGUUGACGAAAAAGAAUCGCUUGUGGAAAAUAUUGAUAAAUUAAAAAAUGUGGGCGAAGACGUGCUGCAUAAGAAUUAUUUGUUAGCGUCGAGGUUGCAUUAAACAAUACACAAUAAUAAAAUUUCAUU